AUGGAGAAGUCCAACGAUGUCGAGGCUGGCAAGGGGCCAUCAUCGAUCCCACACUGGCGCCUGGUAGCAGACCAAGGCCUUGUCACCGAUGAAGUUAUGAACUGGAAUUACCCAGGUUCAGGAACUGAAGAGGAUCCCUACGUUGUCAACUGGAUCACAAACGACCCUCGCAACCCACAGUUGUUUUCAGAGUUCAAGAAAUGGGGUCUCACCGCUUUGGUCGCCAUUGCUACCCUUGCAGUUGCUUUCGUCUCUUCCGCAUACUCUGGUGGUAUCAGGGAAAUUCUCAUCGAGUUCCAUUCUUCGCAGGAAGUUGGUAUUCUCGGUGUUUCUCUCUUCGUNCUUGGUUUCGCUAUCGGUCCCCUUCUCUGGGCACCGCUUUCUGAAAUGUUCGGUCGUCAAGUACUCUUUAUCACUACCUAUGCUGGUCUGACAGCAUUCAAUGCUGGAGCUGCUGGUGUUAACUCUAUGGCCGGCCUCAUCGUCUGCCGAUUUUUCGCUGGUGCCAUCGGUUCUUCUCCUCUCACCAAUGCUGGUGGUGUUAUCGCCGACAUGUUCUCCGCUAACGAGAGAGGUCUCGCUAUGACACUGUUCGCUGCUGCUCCCUUCAUGGGACCCGUGCUUGGCCCAAUCGUCGGAGGCUUCGUUGGCGAGACUAUCGGCUGGAGAUGGGUUGAGGGCGUUAUGGCAAUCUUUACUGGUGUGCUUUGGAUUGCUGGCUCACUUCUCAUCCCCGAGACUUACCCACCUGUGCUUCUUCGUAAGCGUGCUGCAAAGAUGUCUAAGAUGACUGGCAAGGUCUACCGCAGCAAGGGUGAUGUUGACCAAGGUCCUACAACUUUCGGCAAAGUCUUCAAGACAUCCCUCCUGCGCCCUUGGGUUCUGCUUUUCAAAGAGCCAAUUGUGCUCCUUUUGUCGAUUUACAUGGCUAUCAUCUACGGAACCCUCUACAUGCUCUUCGCUGCCUUCCCUAUUGUCUAUCAACAAGGCAGAGGCUGGAGCGCAGGUAUUGGCGGUUUGGCUUUCCUCGGUGUCGCUGUGGGUAUGAUCGGAGCUGUCAUAUACUCUAUCUUCGACAACAAGCGCUAUGUCAAGGUAUCCAACGAGAACGAGGGUUUCGCUCCGCCUGAGACCCGACUUCCUCCAUGCAUCCUGGGCGUGGCNAUCAUGAACUACCUUAUAGAUUCAUACACCAUCUUCGCUGCAUCAGUUCUUGCAGCCAACUCCGUCUUGCGUUCGCUCUUCGGUGCCGCUUUCCCUCUCUUCACUACCUACAUGUACGACAACCUUGGCAUUCAUUGGGCCUCGUCCAUUCCUGCCUUCCUCGCACUCCUGUGCGUCCCUAUGCCAUUCCUCUUCUACAAGUUUGGACCUAAGAUUCGCGAGAAUUGUAAAUACGCCAAGCAGUCUAUGGACUUCAUGAAGAACAUGCAGAGACAGAUGGCAGGUGGUGAAAGCAAGGAGGACGAGCAGAAGGAAGAACAAGAGGCCUUUGACUACUCAUAUGAGGACGAGUCCCACGGUGAUGCCGAGACACCCAAAUUUGAGGAGAUCAAGACCGGAAACGACAACCAAGGACUCGGAGGUGGCAGACUCUCUCGCACUUCUACCUACGAGCACAAUCCUUACGACAUCGAUCGCGUCAAUACACGGGAUUCGUUCUCCAAGCCCAGGUCUCGAGCUUCGAGCAUGCGCCGUGGCGCUUAA